UCUUACGAGUAGUUUUGGAUCUCCUUGUGGGUAUAAAGACGAGGUGUUCGAGGGACAUUCACUCACUCCUACGCGGGAUACACUACAGAGCUGUCUGCUUAAUCGGUUUUUGUGUGACGUAACGAGGAAACCAGCCAAUCAUUCAUCAUGUGUGAUGAGGAUGUUGCCGCCCUGGUUGUAGACAAUGGCUCCGGCAUGUGCAAGGCCGGAUUCGCCGGAGAUGACGCCCCAAGGGCCGUCUUCCCCUCCAUCGUAGGAAGACCACGCCACCAGGGUGUCAUGGUGGGCAUGGGACAGAAGGACAGCUACGUAGGAGACGAGGCCCAGAGCAAGAGAGGUAUCCUGACCCUGAAGUACCCCAUCGAGCACGGUAUCGUCACUAACUGGGACGAUAUGGAGAAGAUCUGGCAUCAUACCUUCUACAACGAGCUGCGUGUGGCCCCAGAGGAGCACCCCGUGCUGCUGACUGAAGCCCCCCUGAACCCCAAGGCCAACAGGGAAAAGAUGACACAGAUCAUGUUCGAGACCUUCAACUCACCCGCCAUGUACGUCGCCAUCCAGGCUGUACUCUCCCUGUACGCCUCUGGUCGUACCACCGGAAUUGUCUUCGAUACCGGUGAUGGUGUGUCCCACACUGUGCCCAUCUACGAGGGUUACGCCCUGCCCCACGCCAUCCUCCGUCUGGACUUGGCCGGCCGUGACUUGACUGACUACCUGAUGAAGAUCCUCACAGAGCGUGGCUACUCUUUCACCACCACCGCCGAGCGUGAAAUCGUUCGUGACAUCAAGGAGAAGCUUUGCUACUGCGCCUUGGACUUCGAGCAGGAGAUGCAGACCGCAUCCUCCAGCUCCUCCCUGGAGAAGAGCUACGAGCUCCCCGACGGUCAGGUCAUCACCAUCGGCAACGAGCGCUUCAGGUGCCCCGAGACCCUCUUCCAACCCGCCUUCAUUGGAAUGGAAUCUGCUGGCAUCCACGAGACCACCUACAACAGCAUCAUGAAGUGUGACAUCGACAUCCGUAAGGAUCUGUACGCCAACACCGUGCUGUCUGGCGGCACCUCAAUGUACCCAGGUAUUGCCGACCGUAUGCAGAAGGAGAUCCAAGCCCUGGCCCCACCCACCAUGAAGAUCAAGAUCAUCGCUCCCCCAGAGAGGAAGUACUCCGUAUGGAUCGGUGGCUCCAUCCUUGCCUCUCUGUCCACCUUCCAGCAGAUGUGGAUCAGCAAGCAGGAGUACGACGAGUCUGGCCCCAGCAUCGUGCACCGCAAAUGCUUCUAAACUCUUUAAACGCACAGCAGCAAUGUGUUCACCAGACUAUAAUAAUAAUACCUCACCGGUAUGCAUAUUCAUCGCCGUUGUCAUGGUCACAAAUGACGCCAUCUUGGAUUCUUUCAGAGUCCGUUUGAAAAAAUAAAUAAAUCAGAAUCAGUGCAAUUGUGGUCAAACUAGCAACAAGUUUUCACAGCAGGCCAAACAUGUGCAACAAACAGUUUCGUCAGCCUGAAGACAUUAAUGGUUCUAAAAUUAUCUUAUUCGAACGCAAUUUUUUGAUUAAUAAAUAAAAUCGCUUGUUACGUAAGAACUGGCUUUAUUUGGUCUAACAGACGAAUCCGAUGUUCUCAAGUGGGAUUUUGAAGGCAAAUGAUAGACCAGGAUAUGUCAGACUUACCGUUAGAAUAUAACUUUUUUCGUAUGUCAAAACAUGACCUUUCUUAUGGAAACCAAACCAGCUUAAUAAAACUGUUAUAGAAAAAUAGAACUAUAGUUUUGUUUCGAUACUAGGAAUAGAAAAAAACCCAGCGAAGGUUGAAUGAACGGGUCAAAAAAAAAGACAGAGGAAAUGUUUAUUUCUGGUCCGUGAGACUGACAAAUAGUCGACUGUAGAGGGCGGGACACAAGUUGCAAUAUCGGGAUCUGUAGAGGCAUUAGCAAUGAUCGUAGCUUUGUCAGUUCAGAGGAAUGUAUGAAAUGAUUUUUUUUUAAUUAUUAUUUAUUGAAUUUUGACAAGUUGAUGGGUGCUAAUGAAAAAGAAAAAACGACGAAAACAUGUGCCCUCUGUUUUUUUUUUCUUCGGUGCGAAAUAAAACAAGGUAUUUUGUAGUGUA